UCCACUCCAUUUCCAUUUAUCCGAGGCAAACAUGGCAGAAGCUAUUGAAUCGAGAUCUUUGGAGUACACACCGACAUGGGUUGUCGCAGUGGUCUGUUCCAUCAUGGUACUCAUCUCUCUGCUUGCGGAGCGCGGUCUUCAUCAUCUUGGCAAGAUGUUAAAGCGAAAAGGGCAAGAUGCUCUAUACGAGGCCUUGCAAAAACUACAAGAAGAGUUGAUGCUGUUGGGGUUCAUAUCAUUAUUACUGACGGUUUCUCAACGUAUGAUAAGCAAAAUAUGCAUUCCAACACAUCUUGCAAAUUACAUGCUCCCUUGCAAACUGAAGGAAGCGACUCCUUCCACAACCGAACAUCUUAACUUCAGCUAUGGGCGACAUCUUCUGUCGGAAGAUCCUGGAGUACAGAUUUGUGCACACAAGGGAAAGGUGCCAUUGGUCUCGUUAGAAGGACUGCACCAGCUUCACAUAUUUAUCUUCGUUUUGGCAGUUGUGCAUGUUAUAUUCUGUGCUACUACAAUGGUCCUUGGGGUUGCCAAAAUAAAGGAGUGGAAGCGUUGGGAGGACUCCCUCAAGGUUCCGGAAGGCCAAGCCAGAACUAGUCAUUUUCAUCUUCCUCAUCUUCCUCAUCAUCACCAUCAGCAUCAUCUUCAUCAUACACAAUUUUUCACGCAGCAACGGCUUAUCGGGCAUUACAGGAAGUUGCCAGUGCUGAGAUGGAUAGUGUCAUUUUUCAAGCAAUUUUAUGGAUCAGUGACCAAGGCAGAUUAUAUUGCACUAAGAUCAGGUUUCAUAAAGGAACAUUGUCCCGGGAACCCAAAUUUUGAUUUUUACAAGUACAUGUUACGAACACUGGAGUAUGAUUUUAAGAGAAUUGUUGGCAUUAGUUGGUAUUUGUGGCUCUUUGUUGUGAUCUUUUUGCUACUCAACAUUAGUGGUUGGUACACAUACUUUUGGUUGUCGUUUUUGCCACUCAUUCUUCUUCUGCUCGUGGGAGCUCAUCUGGAGCACAUUAUUACACGAUUAGCAAGAGAUGUUGUUGAGAAAAGCGAAGAAGCAGUAAAACCUUCUGAUGAUCAUUUCUGGUGCAACAGCCCUAAAGUCAUCAUUUACUUGAUUCACUUCAUCUUGUUUCAAAACUCAUUCGAGAUCGGCUUCUUCUUUUGGGUUUGGACCACGUAUGGCUUCGACUCUUGCGUGAUGGAGAAAGUGGGCUACAUUGUCACGAAACUGGUUCUCGGGGCAAUUGUUCAAGUACUUUGUAGCUACAGCACCUUACCUUUGUAUGCUAUUGUAUCCCAGAUGGGAAGCAUGUUCAAACCAAGUGUUUUCAACCAGUUUUCGCUUAAUCUCAUUGGCGAGUGGGUAGGAGAUAGGGGACGGCCAGACUCGAAAUCCAGUACCCGAAGUCACACCGACAGGUUACAGAUUCAGCCACAAGUUAACGACGAAAUUACAAUCGAUGAAGGAAUUACAACCUCGGUGCUAGAGCUGUCAAAUACUCAUCAUCUUCCAGAACAAGUUUAACCGGCCACUUGAGAGAAGCAAUACUAAGCUCAUGUAACGCUUAAUGAGAUUAGAGGCUUGAGAAAGCAUACUUGGUGGAUAUCAUACAUUAAAUUAUUAUUUGCCCUAGGGCUUAUUUAAUAAGUCAACCAUCUAAUGGUAAGAACGAACAUUUCCAAUAUAUAGCCAAUGUAUUUCUUGGUGGAUAUCAUAUGUGUUCGGUGUGUUUAUAGAAAGAGGAUUAGAAUUAGAUUCAAUAAUGUAGAGAGCAAUUCUGUUGUCAUACAUGCAAAAGGAGUGUAGAUUUAAUAUAUAUAUUUUUUUAGAA